AUGGCAGAGGCACUUGGGAUCGUCGGAAGUGUCAUUGGCAUCAUCCAAAUCACGGCGACAGUCGCGCUCAGACUCAACUCCCUCGUCCAAGGCAUCCGUGAUGCCCCAGAUGACAUUCGCCAUCUUCAAGAUGACGUUGCAAAUCUAGCCGCUAUUCUAGACACGACGCAUGAGCUUUCUGAACAGUACCAGCAUGUCGAAGCCCCAUCAUUAACGAGAGCGUUGAAGGGGCAACUAGGGACCUGCGAAAAGUCAAUGCAGGAUAUUCGGACCUUCCUGAAUCCUCUCGUUCAGAAAGCAUCAGGAGGAAAGAAGUUUAUUAGAAUGGUUGAGUGGAAUCUGAAGAAAAGCGAGCUUCGUGACUUGAGAGGAAGGCUCGGUGAAGGGAAAGCUGGGUUGAACCUGACGAUAACUAGUCUGCAUGGGUACCUCGAGGGGAAGAAACUCGACGAAAUCAAGUCCGACAUAGGUCAGCUCUACGAGAAAAUCAUGUCUGACUUCAAAGAUAUCGUUCGGGGAGAGGAGUUCCGAAAACAGAUCGAGAAGGAUGUCGACAAUGAUUCGGUCAGAGAUGGCCAGAGUGACGCCGGCUUCGUGAUGAGGAACUUUAUGGAUCAGACACCUGGUAUCGACUACCCUGAUCAAGGAGCUGGGGCAUUUAGCACUUCCGAUACCCUAGCAGGUGGCGAUGAUCUCUUCAACAUGGACAACCCCGAAGCCAUGCUCGACGCCGUCCGCAGUCAGAACAAACAAUAUGUCCGUGCCCUCAUUUCCAGAGGCGUGGGUCCCACGGGGAGGUCGAAACAAGGAUUCACCGUCCUUCACUACUGCGCCUUUGACAACGAUGUGGCCAUGGGACAACUCCUGGUCAAGAAUGGAGCCCAUCUCAACACCAAAGAUUUCCACCUACGAAGUCCACUCCGAUUGGCUCUGUCACUACCCUCCUAUGAGUUUGCUGAGUUGCUUGUCGACAGCAGAUGUGAUAUUGGCGACUCCGUGGAGGAGUUGAGGAGACUACUGGCCAGAGAGGGGGAAAUCCCUGGGCGAACUGGUCUCUUUCAAGCCCUUUCCAGGACACUUAACCCGUCAGAUCAAUGUUCGUUUCUGCAUCGGGCAAUUCGAUCUGGGGAUACAAAGAGCCUCAAGGUUCUUUUCGACUCGGGGUUCGACCCGAAGUUCAAGGAUGAGACCGGAUUGUCGCUCUUCUUUUACGCACUGUUACAUCAGAACGUCCCCUCUUUACGGUUUCUUUCAGAGAACGGCGCCGAUCUAAACGAAUGGCUUCCUGCAAGCACGAUGCCGAAACUGAGCCCCAGCUUACCAAGGCAACAAGAGAUACAAAAAACCCUUACUCGGGGGGCUACUCCACUCCAUCUAACGGCGAGAGUCAUGAACGAUGCCGAGAUGAUCAAGUUGUUAUUGGAACUAGGAGCCGAUCCGAAUCACGUCCUUAGCACAUCUAAUCGUGAAAUUGUAUUAAUCGGUGUCUGUGCCAAUCACUUCCUCGGGGUAGCCAGAGAGCUUCUCAAAGCAGGCGCCAACCCAAACCAUGCUAGCAAUGACGGCCGAAAUGCAAUGUACUGGGCAUUAUACUGCGGAAACGUGGAACUAUUCGAGUUGCUCGUCCAGCACGGUGGCGAUGUAAACUAUCGCUGGCAGCAUGACGAGUGCACUCUUGUCAUGAUGGCCGCUGAGAGGGGAAAUAUGGAUAUUCUUCGAGUUCUCGUGGACGCCGGAGCUGAUGUAGGGGGUCAAAACAAGAAGGGAGAGACUGCGAUGGAUCUUGCGCAACAAAUGAAGAAGAAGCAAGCGGUGGAGUUUUUGCAAAAUGCUGCUCAGCAAAAGACAUUGAGGGAUAUAAAAGACGUCAUGAAGUUUGAGCAACGGGGGUCUUACACGAAGCAAGCAAUCGUUUCGUGA